UUCCUCCAAAACGCUUGCUCCUACCAACAUGCUGGACCCGACUGCCCUCUAUAGCUCACACACCAAAACCACAGCUCGGAGCAACACAAUAUACCCGUCACUACACUAGUAAUAAGAUGGUUGCUGUUCGUCACUGAGCAAUACGUACCCGGAUAUGACUUUAUUCUCUGAUUCUUUUCUUUCUCUAUGUGGCCCUAAUAUUAGCUUUCGGUGAACAUUCUGAAAAUAUGCUGUACAAACAUGCUUGUUGGAUAUAAUUUUUUUUCUUCAGUUGCUGUUGCAAGGGGGGCUCUUUAUAGCGACGCACACAAGGGGGCGGGUCGUACUAGUCGGGACGUAUGGUGUACUUUAGAGCAAGUGAGGACGGAAUGCCGUCAGGAAGUACGUGUACCCGCCUUGCCGUUGUUUGACAGAAAUAAAUGUGUACAUCCUGACUGCUCGUGUGUUCUUCAAAGCUGACACUAAAGUGCACGUCAGCACCCCGGAAUAGACUUUCCCAGUGUGAUCCACCUACAGGUGGAACACACCCAGCGUUCACCCUUCUUGAAAAGAGGAGCUACCACCCGGCCUGCCAGUCGAAAUUCCUGUUAAAAAGAUGUCACGCAAGACAGUCCCCUGAAUGUUGUAGACUCCUCCCACUUUUGUAAAACAAUCUGGCCUGUUGUCAUGGAAGUUAAGUGUUACAUUCUUUGUUUGGAGUGUGAGUUGGAGGUGUGUUGACAGAAAUCACCACGCUGUCGUUUUGCUUACAGGGAAAGUGAACUUUUUUUGGAAUGUUGCCCAUCGUCCACAAUCCUUAUGUGAGACAUGAAGACAAGUCCUUUUCUGUGCCUUCUAAAGAGAGAAAAACAGGCAGCUAUUCCACCUAUAAAACCUUCUGGAAAAACCUCCAAACAGCGCCAACAAGGCUCCAUUUCCAUCAUGUGAGCUGCAUAUGAACCACAUUGUUAUUAUUAAUAUUAUCAUUAUUAACAUUGUUUAUGCCCAAGAACUACUUUACUGGCGUAGUGACACCUCGCCACACCACAGCAACUAGCUAUUAGCCGGCUAGUCAAAGGUAAUGCUACACAUUGGAGAUGCCGCCACUGCUGUUGCGUUUUUGUUUUUGACACGAGGUGUAGCGUUCCUUUCUAUGUUGCUAUGUGAAAUCAAAGUUCCCAAAACACUAAAAGUAUUCCAUGUUAUGAUGAAUGUACCUGUGACUACAUGCUCACAGCAUGGAUAGAAAACCACUAAACCUUGUUGGAGCUUUUUGGAGUUGUUUUCAUAAGCGGAAUAGGUGUGUCCCAUUACAUGCAUUCAUUAGCUGCCUCUUUUACCUGUUUUACUAUCUUUAGAAUGCACACAAAAGAGAAAGACGUUUGUUCAUGUCCCACUUUAAUGGGCAAAAUUCCCCCCCCAAAAAGUGUACUUUUCCCUGAAGUUUAACAGCUAAUAUGCAGCUACUGCAUGUGCUCUGCCACCACUCCAAAUGAUGCUCGAAGUUCAAAUGAUCCUAUAGGAGAGUGGUGUGUGUAUGCUAGUGGCCCCUCCUGUACCCACCUUAUGUCCUUAGCUUUUGUUCAGCCUCACUGGAGUUGAAAAGGCCUGGCAGGUACCAGCGAGGUCUCUAGCAUGUUUGCGUGUGUUGUUACAGUCUGACUGAGGUGAAGGUGGCAGCGUGUGAGCAGAUGACAACAUGCGGCGUGUCGAAUGAGGUCAGGGAAGUAGGUCAGGAGCUCGUAUGGAAGUUUUUUUUUGAAAAGCCGUACCACCAAAGCAGGUCAGUGGCUUCUUUCAAGAUGUUUCAGGUGCAGUCAAACGUGCUGUGAAGAGCGCACGGACAGGCCGUGUCUCUUAUCAGCUGCUUCUCUAAUCAGAUGCUCAUCUAAAACGGCAUUGCACAGGGCAGGAAGUGCCACAUGUUCCACGCGCGCAGAUGAGCUAAGAUGACCCUCUGGAGAUGCGUUGUCGCACUUCUCCUCAGCAUCAAGCGUGAGUAUUUAUUGCUCUUCUUCUUCCUAGCCGCCUGCCAUCUUUCCCUCCCCCCGACAGGAUGCGGUCCUCCCCUCGCCAGCUGCCUGCGCUUUGAUGCCAGCCUGGGCAACGUGAGCGUGGAGCCACCUUCGCCCUUUGUGCUGGGCUCCAACCUGACGGUGUACUGUCACAUCGCAACUUGCCAGUGGAGGUCCAAAAUCACCUUGAAGUUUAACGAGGUGCCCGUGGAUCCCUGGAAGAGGGACAAGUGCAGUCCAGCGAUAUUCCGCCUGCCCAGCGUGCAGCAACCGCUGUCAACAGUGCAGUGCACACUGCAGGAACAUGGCCAGUGGUACCUAGUUGAUGGAGCGGACCUGCUGGGUGGCUUCCCCCCAGAUAAACCCCUAAACGUCACCUGUGCCACCACGAGGCAGUCAGACCUGGUAGAGUGCUCGUGGUGGCGAGGACGUAACACCCACGUUCCCACUUCCUACAACGUGUCGUUCAGCAGGGCGAAGCGCACCCUCGCUCACUUCAACCUGAGCCAGGAUCACGACCGCCUCGUCAUAACUCGAACUCUGUUUGCUGCAAACGAAACGUAUCAGCUGAUCAUCGCCGCUCGCAACCACUUUGGACGCUUCCAAUCGGAUCCCUAUACAUUCAACCUCAACGACAUCGUCAUGCCGCAGAGCCCUCGCAUCGAGCACAUCGACUUCAGGAAUGACUCCACGUCAGCGGCCAUCUUGCGGUGGAAGACGCCCAAGGCCUUACGACACCUCCGAGCCUCCGUCAGACUCCGCCAGGCUAACGGCCGCUGGGACGUGAGGGAGGCCGCCCGGCUCGGUGAGGAUGCGAUACGAGUGGACGGCCUGAAACCUCUGACGGAGUAUGAGUUCCAGAUGAGAGCAUGUAACUCCACCCUCGGCGUGGAGGCGGGUCGACGGUCACGCUGCAGCAAAUGGAGUCCAUCAGUGACAAGGCGAAGCCCUGGAAAAGGCCCGUCUAAGCCGCUGAGCGCUUGGAGGAUGUUGAGCAAUCGCAAGACCAGUUCGCUGCAGACGCUGACUGUUUUGUGGAAGGCCCCGCCUCCAGACAGCGGAGAGGUGGAAGGAUACGAGAUCUCCGUGGGCGAGAAUCCCAAACAGGAAGUGAGAUGUGCUGCCUCUCUGAGCCAGUGUUCCCUUCAGGUGCCGGCAGACAUUUCAGCUCUCAGCGUCAGUGUCAUAACCACUUUUGGAAGGUCUCCCCCUGCGGACGUCCCCCUCACGCUGUCAGGCGACCUCGGGCCCGCUGACAUGCUGCUGGUACCUGUUGCUAACGACAGCGCUGUACUGCUUUCCUGGGCGGGGCCGGAACCGGGGCCUGGACCAGGAAGAAGAGAAGAACUCGAGUACUAUGUGACGGAGUGGACAAGUGUGCCUGUGGGCGAGCUGCGUUGGCAAAAAGUGGCAAACUAUAAAAACGACGUCACCAUCAUAGGUCUGAUGGCGGGCGUGAGGUACAACGUCUCUCUGUACGCCGUGACCUGCAGAGGCGUCAGCGCGCCGUCGUCCAUCCUGGUCUACUCCCAAGAACUCGAACCAGUCUCUGGUCCCCUUAUGUCGGUGCUAGUCCACAAGACCGGACGGAUUCAGAUCCAGUGGGACGAUCCUGCGGUGGAGCAGCAGCGAGGCUUCAUCACCAGCUACACCGUAUAUCUCCAGACGCUGGACUUCCACAGCACAGAAAUCUCAGUGACGCUGUCCGCAUCGGGUCCCAGAGAGACGUGGCUGGACUGUCCCGAAGGAUCUCUGGUCCUGCAGAUGUCCGCCUCCACCUCAGCCGGAGAAGGCCAGCGUGGGAACCUGAUCUCCUCUCAGCCCGUGGACCCUGCAGUCGGACUGGCUGUGCUCGUGUUCACCGUCGUGGUCUUCGGUGCAGUCCUGGUCCAGCUCGUGUGUUGGCGCUGUGUGAGGAGAAGGAUCAAAGAGAAAUGUGCAUCCUGGUUGGUUCCAAGUUUGCCCAAAGCAGGAAACAGCCGAGCCAUCAAACUGCUGCAGCUGGAUGUAAGCGAGCCGUCCUUCUCGUACAGCGACAGCGACCCCCCGCUGUCACCCCUCAGCUGUAUCUCUGAGGAGGACAUGUACCCCUACGUCCACAAAGACCAGCCUGUAGCGCAGACAUCCUGGCUGGAGGCGGUUGCUAUGGCGACGCGGGCAGACGGAUACAAACCUCAGCUGGCCAGAGUGGUGCGAGGAGGCCAGACGACGGAGGUGAGCGAGGUGCUGGGGGACCGGAUGGAAGAGGGCAGACGUUCCAGCGGAUUCGAAUUGCUGGUCAGCUUCCACUCCGGUGUGGAGUUGGACUACUCCAUGUCGCCCCCUCGUUGCCUCAAAACGCACCACAACUUGAGCAGGCAGACCGAAAGCGGCGUGGAAGACAACCCCACAUCAGUGGCUUUAAAGGAAGGUGACGUCAUGGCUCCUCCUGAUGCCGUCUUCUGCUCUCCACGUCCAGUCGAUGCCACGCAGACCAGCGGCUACAUCCCACAAAGCGCUGCUAGAUGCUACCAGCCUGCUUGCCAGCAACAGCCAGGGAGCCUCACCCCCCGGUAAAGUCAGUCAUGCAGCAUCGCAACACCUUUCUUUUAACCACACACACCGAGAUGAUAAAAUGCAUAUUUGGGAUGUGAUCAAAACUGACUGAAUCUCUCUUUUAUGGCCAUUUAUUGCUUCCAGACCCGACCAUCAUACGCCCCUUUCCACAAAGUACAAGUCCUUCUAGUUAACCUGUUCACCACCUUCUAAAUGCGCUUUUAACAUGAUUAGAGCCCUCCAGACAUGAAAUAACACCCCUACAGUCACUUUUACAUGUUGGAUUAGUGGCGGGCGGACAGGAAGCGACGUUUGGAGUUGAGAGAUGAGUUUUAUCUUGGCAUGGAUUACGGUAGCCCAUGGUAGGGAUUGUUAUUCGGAAUGAUUGUGCCUGUUGUGAGAUCAUUCAAAGCAAUACAAGAUCAAAGAGAUCAUUCAAAGCAAUAAAAGCUUGUGGUUCCGCCAAUCAAGUCUGGUGCUUGUGUGUCUGAGCCGACAUUAGUGACACCUGGUGACCAGUGUAGGAUACUACAUAUCACAAUGCGGUGAGGGGUGACUGUAUAUAUAUUUCAAGACAAAAAAAUGCAUCUCAGCCCCAUUUUUGCUGUCUAAAUAAUGUUUGUUUUCCUUUAUUUCAACUUUAUGCUCCUCAUAUUAUAAUUUACCGUAAUUUAAUUUAAUUCUUGUAUAAUUUGCUUGCCUUUUUCUCUUGUAGAGCAUUUUUGCGUCUUAAUAUUUUGACUUUAUUCUUGUAAAGUUCCUGCUUACUUUGGGUGAGAGGCGGGUACACCCUGGCGUGGUGGCCAGCCAAUGGUAGGACACAUCCCGACAAACACUCAUAUUCAUUCCUAUGGACAAUUUAGAGUCACCAAUUCUAUUUCUAUAAUAUUCAUAAUCAAUUGCUGUCCUGUGACUGUUCGUCAUGCCAGUGUAGUAUUCAGGCACGGAUUUAGAGGCACCCACGAUUUUUUUUGCCACAAUAAAAGCUAAUAAAAUGAUAAACCAUCCUGGAUUCCAGUCACCCAGUCCCAGUGAAGGUGCAUGUUCUGAAUUCUGUGCGCAUGGUGGACGCAUAUGCCAGAAUUGCUAUUCCAGAACCCACUGUCAGGCUAAUCAUUUACAUUGGACAUUGAACGUGUGCUGUACAUGGCUAUUCAGUUGGAGGUGCAAAAUAAAGGUUCUGGCAUCAUGACUAUAAGGAAAACUGUUGUCUAUUCUCAAUAAAAAUUAACCAGAAAAGCGAUCCCCAGUGACAUAAAAUUAUACUCAAAUCCUCGAAAUUUACAGCUGCUUCAAAUUGGAAAAUAUUUCAGGAAAUUGAGCUAAAAUGGGUUUCUCCGAGUACCGGUAAUUUUAUAAAUAGAAUAUUUUGGCUUAAACGAUAUAUUCCAAG